UCUGUUGAGGAAUAUGCUCUAAUAGAUGAUUAUGAAGAACACUACGUUUGUUUUGACUUCUAGAAAGACAACACCACCUCAGCUAAUUUACUCACAGGGGAAUUGAGAUUAUAUGAGACAAGAUUUUAAGCACAAAAGGAUUAAUUUAGAUUGGAAAACGGGGAUGCAGUAGAUCCGACAUGGUAUGGUUAUGGGUAUGGCUUUUCACAAGUUUUAAUUUAGACUUUGGUAUCGCACAAGAUUGUGGUUCAACAGUGUCUGAGUCAGAUCCUAACUGCAAUUGUCUUCCAGAGUAUUGGAAAGUGAUUGACGGGUAUUCUAUGCGUUGGGGUAAAUGCCCUUCCGCUACAAUUCUAUCCGGCCCAUUUAACAGCACAUUAUUUGUGUGUGCCGACCAGUGCAGCGCUGACACGUCCUGCACGACGAUUACCUACAACAUUGACCUCAUGCUAUGCACCCUGCAUACAACUUCAUGUGAUGAUGCGGCGCUGGUAACGUCAGGUUUCUAUGACUACACGUAUGAUAAAUAUACUAUGGCAAAAACUCCGUUCACUUACGACACAACGCAAGUCCGAUGGUGCUACCACGUGCCACAGACGCCUGCCACGAGCUGGGCAGCAGCAAAUGAAACCUGCGAAGAGAAUGGUGGGAUCCUGGCUCAACUCAACUUUGAUUCUGCUCGACUAGUUGCUCAAAUUCCUCAGACUAUUUUCACUGAAAACUAUGAUAAAGUGUACUUUGGUGCAAGGCGUUUCGUCUCGGACCCCACAUCCGAUAUCCGGUGGUCAGAUGACACCAUGUACACAAUUGCAUCCGGGCAUUGGUUAUCAGGGCAACCAGACAAUGUGGCUGACGCGUGUGUCAUUACAUUCAAAUCGUAUAACUUUUAUAAGUGGGAAGACAUUGCUUGUUCUGAAAGUCAUCUCUACAUGUGUAAAUAUGUACAUACAGAUUUAUGCUACACAGUCCGUUCAACGGAUGCAUACAUCGGUGGAGCAAGUGUUACCAUCGGAACGUUGAACUCAGAGCUGGAGUGUAGGGACUACUGCCUCAGAAACAGCAGUUGCAAAUCUAUAUACUUUAUAUUAAGCAGUAGCCAGUGUAUUAUGCAGACGUCUUAUAAUGGAGACACUAUUAGUGACAACUGUUGCAGUUUUUAUAACAAAACAUGCCCACAAACAGAUGUGACAAAUCCAACAACUGAGUCAGUUUCAACUCUGGAGUCAACUUCUAUUUUAUCAACAACAGCAGCCACAACGACAGCACCUUCAACAACAGCAGCUUCAACGAUAUCACCUACAACACAUGAACCUACAACUACAGCACCUACUAUAACAGCACCUACAACACAUGAAUCUAAAACUACAGUACCUACUAUAACAGCACAUACACUGGAAGAUACUACUGUUGCGACAACCACUAAUCAGGUUACCACAAAUACUACUGAAUCUACAGAGGGAAACACUUCCAUUGAUCUUCCCAGCGAAGAGGCGAGUACAUUAUCAGUCAAUUUAAGUGAUACAGUUCCUACAAUUGAGACAACCACAUAUGCUUAUGAUACAAGUACUGAACAGCACCCAACAUCGGUACCAUCGAGUACCAGAAUUACAGUUGGCAAUACAAGUACGACCAAUCAAAAUACCGAUACAGAUAUAUCAACAUUGUACAAUUCUAUCACAACACAGGCUACUACAACCGCUGAUGACAUUACAAACGCAGCUCCUCCAAAGUCCACAAUUAAUGUAGUUACAGAAAAAAUCUAUUAUAACUCAGAUGACCGCCCUUCAGCGCAAGCUGCCGAAACGUACACUUGUAGCUUUGGACCUUACGGUUACUGCGACACUUAUGGGGAUGUAGUUGCCCAGCAUCUCCCAGAUGACGGAAUAUGGGUCAAAGCACCCAAAAAUGGUGACAAAUUGAACCAUUGGAAGUACAGAAAGACCCGCCAAAGUACCCUAUAUGGCCCCCAAGAGUACGAUUCGUCUGGUGCCUACGUCUUUGAUCAAUCAUGGAAUCUUCCGUCAAAUAUAAAUUCCAGCGUCUGUUGGGAUGUCAGUGCUUACAUAGACGAUGUUAGGAGAAGUUCCGGCUAUUUUACCUUUGACACCUACAUGUUUGGUCCCUCUGUGACCAAGAUCGAUGCGGCCCUUCUUGAUGACAACUACAGCGUCCUCAGUGUAGUGGAGUUCGCUAAUAGCGCUGAUGCUGAAAAGAAAUGGCUAACUUCAGAGGAGACAGGAAAACGUCUUGACUUUACCACUUCAAAUGGCAUUCGGUAUGUUUGCGCUGUUGGGUACACCAUCACACAGGGUAGUACGAUAAAGUGGGACGGAGAUCUUGGUGUCGAUAACUUCAAAAUAGUUUUGGCUGAAAAUAGCAUGAAAUCUCUAUUUGAAUGCAGCUUUGCGAAGGACGACCCAAACAUGUGCGGGAUGACGCAACUACAGGCACCAGCCGAUGACUUCGAUUGGUCCCUUAAUGGUCAAAGUAGUGUUCGAAACUACGGCCAGACUGGUGGCGCUUCUAACGAGAACUACAUGUUCAUUGAAUCUAGCACCUCAUUUGAUCACAUUAACUCAGGAGACAUAGCAUCGAUCCAAACACCAAACAUAGGAGCAACUUUAGGGAAAGAUGUCGACCUCAAUUUCAAGUACUUUAUGUACGGUAGUCAUACAGACACGCUUACAGUGCAAAUACAAGAUGUAGGGAAGCUGCAGGAUCCAGAAACCGUCUUUGAAAUAUCAGGAGAACAGCACAAACGGUACGACGAGUGGACACAGGUCAAGAUAGGAUUACCCAAUCGCAUAAAUGGCAAUGCCUACAACGUGAUCUUCACUGGAAAGGUUCGAGGUGAUAUCGGCCAAUAUGUCUGGUUAGGCGACAUUAGUGUUACGGACAUCAAGAUCUCAGAAGUAACUGGCGGGGCAGGUUACGCACUGCCAUGUUUGACAACGAAUUGGAGCGACUGGGUUUGCGAGGCCAGCUGUGGAGACGCUGUUAGGUGUACACGAACACGAUCUCCAACCGACCCAGCCAGUACUUCAUGUGAUCAAGUGGCCAUGUCUGAGGGAACUACAAAGAGCAUAGAUUGUGCUUUACCAAUCGAUACUUCAGUUGCCCUGUUCGAGUGCGGGUUCUCCAGAUCAGACCCAUCAAUGUGCGGGAUGGAGCAAUCAUCUGAUGAUGAUUUUAACUGGGAACUUAACGACGGCGAUAAAAAUCGACGUAACUUUGCUGACACCGGGGGAGCAGCAAACGAGGAUUACAUGUUUAUCGAGUCAAGUACUUCGAGAUAUCCACAAAACUCCGGUGAUAAGGCCACUAUUUCAACAUCAGUCAUUCAAGCGGAACUUGGAAAGGAUGUAGGUCUUUCGUUUAAAUACUUCUUGUACGGAGCUGACACAGGAACACUUCUAGUUGAGAUACAAGAUGCUGACAAACUGGAACCACCAAUUGAAGUAUUUACCAUCUCAGGCGAGCAGCAAAAGAGAGGAGAUCCAUGGACGACGAUUACUUUGGGUCUACCAAGCCGUCUCCAGGACAAACCCUACAGAGUCAUGUUCACGGCAGACAUCUUGCCUGAUAGAGAAUAUGUCUACAAGGGAGACAUAAGUGUCACUGACAUCAGAGUCGGCCAAUUCACAGCCGGUGAAGCCCUAUUCAAUUGCGGGUUUGAAAAAACAGACACAACUUUGUGUGGCAUGAAACAUCAAGUCUCUCCAACAGAGGAUGAUGAUUUCGCCUGGACGUUAAACGAUGGUGAAACCGCAAACAGGGAUUAUCUCGAGACUGGGGCCCCUCUCUCUAACAAUUACAUGUACAUUGAGUCGUCUCCAUCAACAGAGGGAUUCGUUGGUCAAUCUCCUGGAGACCGGGCUAUCAUAUCUACGCCAGCGAUCCAAGGCGAGCCAGGAGAGGCUAUUGGCUUCAGCUUUGACCACUACAUGUACGGAGAGGAUACUGGUAAACUUAUAGUUCAGUUGCAGCCUGUUGACCUAACUCAGCCUCCUGUGCAGAUAUUCUCUCGAGAAGGCGAACAACAAACAUCCCGUGACCCGUGGGAAUCUUCAAAGAUCCUGUUACCAAGUGACCUAAAUGGUGGCGCCUACUACGUCCAGUUUGUCGGUGAAAUUAAGGGUGAUGAGAGUACUCCAGAUAUCUCCCACUAUCGUGGUGAUACAAGCAUUGGAAACAUUGAAAUAACCGCAAGUGGAUCCGACUCUGGUUCAGAAUUCAUGUCCAGCUUCUCGGCACCUUGUAUGCGGUCAUUCUCAGACUGGGACUGUUCACAAUGCGGGGGUAGUGUAACAACCUGCUCCAGGAUUGGAACAGCCACGAAUGAUCAAUGUGGGGAAAUUUUGGAAAUAACACAACAGAUGACCUGCCCAGCGGACAAACUUCCCAUAAAUGGUCAAUGGAGCAUGUGGUCUGACGAAACAUGCAAUGGAGCGUGUGGAACAUAUGCCUGCAUCAGAACAAGACAAUGUAAUGACCCAGCUCCGAAAAACGGUGGAAAUGAAUGUGAUAGCAGUUCCCAAGGUGACACGUUGGAGAGAAUCGUAGACGGACCCACGUGUGGCAAUGAAUGGAGUGAAUGGAGUUGCCCCACAGGCUGCCUCACAGAGAUAGAUGACUCUGCCGUCUGCUUCCGGAAGAAAAAUGGCGAAGAAGUUGAUUUGGUAGAGACGAAGGAUAUAAGUGUGCCAAUGUGCCCAGUUAAUGGUAUGUGGAGCCCCUGGUCCAGUGAGACAUGUGAUGCAGAUUGCGGAACGUACGUGUGUAGAAAGACCCGCUCUUGCACCGCGCCUGCUCCCUCUAACGGAGGUGCCCUCUGCGGUGAUGGCUCGGAGCGUGAGGAAGACCGAUCAGCUACCAAAACCAGAACAGUGUUCGGAAUGGAUUGUGAAGCGGCAUGGAGUGAAUGGAGUUGUCCGGCGACAUGUAUAGAUGACGAUGGCGGAAGUGCUCUGUGCACAAGAAGACGGCGUCCAGAUGGAUGGGAGGUUGACGAAAUAGAAACAAAGGCAGUAACAUCAAUUCCUCUCUGCCCAGUGGAUGGCAUGUGGACGGACUGGACAACUGAGUCUUGCCUUGGAACGUGUGGUACAAUCAAAUGUGUUAAAUACAGAUAUUGUACUAACCCUGCUCCUGCAAAUGGAGGUCUCGACUGCGGUGAAGAAUCCGUCGAGUCUGUGGAGAGAAUCGUGGAUGGGCCAAAUUGCGAUACAGAAUGGAGCGCAUACACGUGCUCGGGCACUUGUGUUCAAAACGUGGGUGAUACAGUGACAUGUACCCGAAGACGCCGCCUUGAUGGCGAGGAAACUGACACUGUUGAGAGUGUUGAGCAGGAAAAACCUCUGUGCGCAAGAUGGCUUGAAUGGACCGAUUGGGGGGCAUGUUCUGUUACGUGUGGAGGAGUUGGCACAACCCAGACACGUACACGGGAAUGCUCUGCACCGCCUGACGAGGAAGGCAUUGGUCAAUGCAGUGGGUCAUCCAUAGAGACGAGGAAUUGUGGCCAAGUUGCCUGCCCUGAAUGGACUACCUGGGCAACAUGGAGCACAUGUGAGGCAGAGUGCGGGGCUAUUGAGACGGCAGUAUACAUUAGGAGGACUCGGGCAUGUAUCGGGAUGGACGCUCUAAUGGGAAUAACCUGUGAGGGUGACAUUACGGAAUCGAAACGAUGCGCAGAUUCUCCUUGUGUUUGGGAACCAUGGACGACAUGGAGUGUAUGCAGCGUCCCUUGCGGCGGAAUUAGCACCACCCAGACACGAAGUCGUAUUUGUCCAGUUACGAACGCCGAUGGUUCGAUCGCAUGUUUUGACGGAGAAGACGAUAACACGAUGCUAGCGCAAGAAUCUCGGGAGUGCGGCAGAGCACCAUGCCCAGCAUGGAGCGAAUGGAGCCCAUACACCAACUGCCCAGUAACAUGUGGGGCAGUGAACAAUAAUAUACAGUAUAUGACUAGAACAAGAACCUGCACAGACCUCAACAUAGAACUGGGGCUUGAAUGCGAAGGAGGUGAUACAGAAACCGUCCGCUGUGGCAAUGUUUAUUGCAGCUGGAACAACUGGGGAGAAUGGCCUGUCGACUGUCCAUGUGGGGAAACUGUCACCCGAUCACGAACCUGCUCUGGAGAUGAUUUUAACAUGUGCGACGGCGGUGAACUUGGUCUUAUAGAGAGCAAAACAUGCGACCCUUGCCCAGUUCCAGUUGAUGGAGUCCCUGGGGAAUGGUCACCAUGGGGAGAUUGUUCCACAACAUGCGGAGAAGGAGUGCAAUAUAGAGAGAGAGCAUGUGACAGCCCAGCCCCUGCUAAUGGUGGAGCUGAUUGCUUACAAAGUGAUUUGGUUGAUAGCGUGUCCUGUAAUGUUGUCGCAUGUCCAGUCGAUGGAGUCCCUGGACAAUGGUCACCAUGGGGAGAUUGUUCCACAACAUGCGGAGAAGGAGUGCAAUAUAGAGAGAGAGCAUGUGACAGCCCAGCCCCUGCUAAUGGUGGAGCUGAUUGCUUACAAAGUGAUUUGGUUGAUAGCGUGUCCUGUAAUGUUGUCGCAUGUCCAGUCGAUGGAGUCCCUGGACAAUGGUCACCAUGGGGAGAUUGUUCCACAACAUGCGGAGAGGGAGUGCAGUAUCGAGAGAGAGCAUGUGACAGCCCCGCCCCGGCUAAUGGUGGUGCUAAUUGCAUACAAAGUGAUCUGAUUGAUAGCGUGACUUGUAAUGUUGUCGCAUGCCCAGUUGAUGGAGUCCCUGGAGAAUGGUCACCAUGGGGAGAUUGUUCCACAACAUGCGGAGAAGGAGUUCAAUAUCGAGAGAGAGCAUGUGACAGCCCAGCCCCGUCUAAUGGUGGAGCUGACUGCAUACAAAGUGAUCUGAUUGAUAGCGUGGCCUGUAAUAUUGUCGCAUGCCCAGUUGAUGGAGUCCCUGGAGAAUGGUCACCAUGGGGAGAUUGUUCAACAACAUGUGGAGAAGGAGUGCAAUAUCGAGAGAGAGCAUGUGACAGCCCAGCCCCGUCUAAUGGUGGAGCUGACUGCACACAAAGUGAUCUAAUUUAUAGCGUGGCCUGUAAUAUUGUCGCAUGCCCAGUUGAUGGAGUCCCUGGAGAAUGGUCACCUUGGGGAGAUUGUUCCACAACAUGCGGAGAAGGAGUACAAUAUCGAGAGAGAGCAUGUGACAGCCCAGCCCCGUCUAAUGGUGGAGCUGAUUGCUUACAAAGUGAUCUGGUUGAUAGCGUGGUCUGUAAUGCUGGAGAUUGUGUUGACCCCCCUGUUGAUGGAGUCCCUGGAGAAUGGUCACCAUGGGGAGAUUGUUCCACAACAUGCGGAGAAGGAGUUCAAUAUCGAGAGAGAGCAUGUGACAGCCCAGUCCCGUCUAAUGGUGGAGCUGACUGCUUACAAAGUGAUCUGGUUGAUAGCGUGGCGUGUAAUGCUGGAGAUUGUGUUGACCCCCCUGUUGAUGGAGUCCCUGGAGAAUGGUCACCAUGGGGAGAUUGUUCCACAACAUGCGGAGAAGGAGUUCAAUAUCGAGAGAGAGCAUGUGACAGCCCAGCCCCGUCUAAUGGUGGAGCUGACUGCUUACAAAGUGAUCUGAUUGAUAGCGUGGCUUGUAAUGCUGGAGAUUGUAUUGACCCCCCUGUUGAUGGAGUCCCUGGAGAAUGGUCACCAUGGGGAGAUUGUUCCACAACAUGCGGAGAAGGAGUUCAAUAUCGAGAGAGAGCAUGUGACAGCCCAGCCCCGUCUAAUGGUGGAGCUGACUGCUUACAAAGUGAUCUGAUUGAUAGCGUGGCUUGUAAUGCUGGAGAUUGUAUUGACCCCCCUGUUGAUGGAGUCCCUGGAGAAUGGUCACCUUGGGAAGAUUGUUCCACAACAUGCGGAGAAGGAGUGCAAUAUCGAGAGAGAGCAUGUGACAGCCCAGUCCCGUCUAAUGGUGGAGCUGACUGCUUACAAAGUGAUCUGAUUGAUAGUUUGGCUUGUAAUGCUGGAGAUUGUGUUGACCCCCCUGUUGAUGGAGUACCUGGAGAAUGGUCACCUUGGGGAGAUUGUUCCACAACAUGCGGAGAAGGAGUUCAAUAUCGAGAGAGAGCAUGUGACAGCCCAGCCCCGUCUAAUGGUGGAACAGACUGCUUACAAAGUGAUCUGAUUGAUAGUUUGGCUUGUAAUGCUGGAGAUUGUGUUGACCCCCCUGUCGAUGGAGUCCCUGGAGAAUGGUCACCUUGGGGAGAUUGUUCCACAACAUGCGGAGAAGGAGUUCAAUAUCGAGAGAGAGCAUGUGACAGCCCAGUCCCGUCUAAUGGUGGAGCUGACUGCUUACAAAGCGAUCUGAUUGAUAGUGUGGCUUGUAAUGCUGGAGAUUGUGUUGACCCCCCUGUUGAUGGAGUCCCUGGAGAAUGGUCACCUUGGGGAGAUUGUUCCACAACAUGCGGAGAAGGAGUACAAUAUCGAGAGAGAGCAUGUGACAGCCCCGCCCCGUCUAAUGGUGGAGCAGACUGCUUACAAAGUGAUCUGAUUGAUAGUGUGGCUUGUAAUGCUGGAGAUUGUGUUGACCCCCCUGUUGAUGGAGUACCUGGAGAAUGGUCACCUUGGGGAGAUUGUUCCACAACAUGCGGAGAAGGAGUUCAAUAUCGAGAGAGAGCAUGUGACAGCCCAGUCCCGUCUAAUGGUGGAGCUGACUGCUUACAAAGUGAUCUGAUUGAUAGUGUGGCUUGUAAUGCUGGAGAUUGUGUUGACCCCCCAGUUGAUGGAGUCCCUGGAGAAUGGUCACCUUGGGGAGAUUGUUCCACAACAUGCGGAGAAGGAGUUCAAUAUCGAGAGAGAGCAUGUGACAGCCCAGUCCCGUCUAAUGGUGGAGCUGACUGUAUUCAAAGUGAUCUGGUUGAUAGCGUGGCCUGUAAUGCUGGAGAUUGUGUUGACCCUAAUCCUCCUGUUGAUGGUAACUGGGGAGAGUGGGAGAUGUCAGGGGUCUGUAGUGUAACAUGUGGUGGUGGCGUUCAAGAGAGAAUCAGAGUGUGUGAUAAGCCAGCACCAGCGAAUGGUGGCAGUGAGUGUACACUUUCAGAUGGCUCUGCGACUGCAUUGACAGAAUAUGGUGUAAUGGACGGCCAAUGCAACACUAAAUCGUGUGAAUGUUCCAAACCGAUGAAUAUCUUGCUUCUAGUGGAUAGUUCUGCUAGUAUAACAGCUCAAGGAAAAACUGAGGCAUUCCAAAAUGUCAGAGACUUUCUAACUUUAUUCAUCGAGAAAAGUCCCAUCGAGAGUGGUGUUUACCAAGUAGGUCUCACCCAGUUUUCUAGUACAGUUAAAACUGAAUUCAAUGGAACGACAUAUGGUACAGACAAAUCAGCUAUGUUAGACUAUGUAGCUACUAUCGACCAUUUAGCUGGACUUACGGCAACAUAUGAUGGCCUUGAGGCAGCUAGGAAUGAUUUGAGUGACCCAGAUAGGUAUCGCCAGACUGCCACUGACGUCAUCAUAGUUAUCACGGAUGGAGCCUCGGGAGAUCCUGUUAGAACUGCUGAGCAGGCCAACCUUAACAAACAAGCUGGAAUCAAACAGGUUGCUGUCGGUGUAGGGAAUUCAGUUCUGCAGACUGAACUUGAAACGAUUGCCUCAGAACCUGCAUCUGACUAUGUGAAAACAAUUGCAAGUUACUCCGAGUUGGCCGCAACAGUCGACGAGAUUCACAAGCUCGCUUGCAUAGAUCCGAUUGACGGAGCGUGGGGACCAUGGAAGGAUGGUACCUGUGACCUUACUUGCGGAAACCAAACUAAAACGAGAACCCGAGAGUGUGACAAUCCAAAACCUCUUCACGAUGGAGCAGAAUGCGUGGGAGAAUCCACAGAGGUUGUAUUAUGUGCAUACAUACCAUGCCCAGUUAAUGGAGGCGUUGGUCAGUGGUCAGAUUGGGGAGAGUGUUCCACGACAUGUGGAGAUGGAGAGAAAACUCGUACAAGAGCAUGUGACAGCCCUGCACCAGCCAAUGGUGGAGCUAAUUGCAGUCCAGAUGAUCUGAUUGAAAUCCUUAUCUGUAAUGUUGUCGAAUGUCCAGUAAAUGGUGGCUAUGCUGAAUGGAGUGUAUGGAGCAGUUGUUCAACUACAUGUGGUGGCGGAGAGAUAGCUCGUGAAAGAACCUGCACGGAUCCAGCCCCAGCAUACGGGGGCGACGAUUGCGUAGGAGACAAUCUCGAAACUGAUGUCUGCAACACUUUCCCGUGCCCAGGAUGUGAAGAAUUCAUGGAUAUUGCACUGGUUGUUGACACAGCGGGUAACGAUGCCAACUCAGACAUUAACAAAUAUUUAAUUGGUCUCACUGAGGAGCUCAAUCACGCCAAGUCAAGGGUCGCGCUGUAUUCCUUCUCUGAUACUGUAACUCAAGAGUUUUCUCUUGAGGAUUUUGCGGGAAACGAGACUUCUGUCAGUGAUGCUAUAUCGACUGUUAGUUUCAAUGGCGGAACUACGAGAGAUACUAAUACUGCACUCAUGACGGCUGGAGAUGAAUUGUUUUCCGCCAGAGAAGAUGCAAUGCGUGCAGUAAUUCUCGUAACAACCGGUGCGUCUAUAGAUCCUACAGAGGCAUCUAUAGCCGCUGAGAGUCUGAGGUCAGAGGGCAUCGAGGUUUUCCAUAUUGCUAUUGGAGCAGAGGCCUCUGCUGAGACGGCUUCAAUUGCAUCAGUGGAUGUGUCUGCUCACAGUGUAUCAUAUGACAGUCUAAAUGAUAUAGGAGCAAAUACAAUUGAUUUCAUCUCCGAAAUAAGCCUAUUUUGUAAAGCUAAAGCGGAUGGCUAUUGGUCGGUGUGGUCAGCCUAUGGCGAAUGCUCAGUAACAUGUGGCGGAGGGUUCGAAGAAAGGACUCGUACCUGCGACGGACGCAGAUAUGGUGGACUAGGGUGUACUGGAGCAACGUCCCAAACUCGAGUGUGCAAUGACAUCGCUUGCCCAGUGAAUGGUGUUUGGUCUGACUGGUAUGAAUGGAGCGCAUGUACCACAACAUGCGGAGGAGGAACCCGUGAAAGCAACAGGGAAUGUAAUAACCCUGCACCCUCUAAUGGUGGAGAUGAUUGCGCUGGGGAUAGCAUUCGUAUAGAAGAAUGUAGCACAGAGGCCUGUCCAGACCCUAUCGAUGGUGUAUGGGGUGAAUGGUCAGCAUACGAAUGCAGUACGACCUGUGGAGGGGGUGUAUUGGGUAGAUCGAGAAACUGUGACAGCCCUGCCCCACAACACGGAGGACUCGCAUGCCCUGGAGAGGAUUUCGAAACAACUGACGAAUGCAAUACUGAGAAUUGCCCAAUUGACGGUAAUUGGGGUGGGUACGGACCAUGGAGCGACUGUACUGUAACAUGUGGAGGGGGAAAGAAGUGGCGUACAAGAACAUGUGAUGACCCGGCUCCAGCUUAUGGCGGAGCGGACUGCACCGGAUCCUCUAACAACACCAGGAACUGCAAUACACAGGGCUGUCCGAUUGACGGGGCUUGGUCAGUUUGGCCUGAUUGGAAUGAUGCAUCAGUCGUAUGCAGUGUCACGUGUGGAGGAGGCACCAAGACAAGAUACCGUACAUGUACUGACCCAGCUCCCCAGAAUGGUGGUGCGGAAUGUCCAGCUAGUGAUCCCGACUCUGAGACUCAUCCAGACCCUUGCAAUAUAGAUCCUUGUCCAAUUGAUGGUUAUUGGGAAGCUUGGAAUGAAUGGUCAGUAUGUUCGGUAUCUUGUGGAGAAGGCUCCCAGAGUACGAACCGAACAUGCGUUGAACCAGAAUUUGGAGGCGAACCUUGUUCGGGUGCCUCGUACAAAACUAGGACAUGUACUGCAGAUUAUGGACCAUGCCCUAUUGAUGGGGUUUGGACGGACUGGGGAUGGGCUGCUGGUGCUUCAGGAGAAUGCAGUGUGAUUUGUGGAGGAGGUAUUCGCACCCGGAUUCGUGAGUGUGAAGGCCAGGCUUACGGGGGACUUCCGUGUGAUGGUCCCGAUUCAGAAGACGUAGAAUGCAACACUCGGCCUUGUGAUAACAUCAAUGGCCAGUGGUCAAGCUGGGCUUCGGGUGGAUGCAGCAUAACGUGUGGUGAUGGUGGCAUCGAGACCUUUACAAGGUCAUGUUCCGACCCUGCUCCUAAAGAUUAUGGUGAAUAUUGUGCUGGAGAGGACGUCAUGGAGAGUCCGUGUGAUUUCAUUAACUGUCCAGUAAAUGGUGGAUGGUCAAAUCACUAUUCAUCAUGCAGCGUUGGUUGCGGCGUCCCACAGGGUGGAGUGAUAACCAAUAACAGAGUUUGUGACAAUCCUGCACCACAAUUCGAGGGUGAAUAUUGCAGUGGAAGUGAAACAGUGACAUCAGCAUGCAAUGUCGAUUUGUGUUGCAAUCAACGCCUUGAUAUUACAUUUGCUGUUGAUAUGUCGAGCUAUACAUUUGACAACCCAACUCGUGCCGCAUUCAUUGCAUUUUUUGAUGCCUUUAUUGAUGCCCUGGACUCCGGUGCUGAUAGAGUUGGUUUUAAUAGUGACUUCCACAUUGCUCUUGUUACAUAUGACGAAUCAGGGAAUGUUGAGUUCCCGUUGAACCAGUAUGAGACAAAGGAAGCUAUCAAAGAAGCAUUCAGGAACCGCCUCACUAGCACUGCCCUAUCACCAGCAACUACAAAUAUUGAGGAUGCUAUAAACACAAUCAAUACGGAUAUUUGGGACGAGACGCUAGGAGACAGGCCUGAUGUUGAUAACCGAAUCAUUAUCAUGGGGCAAAAUACAAACAUGCCAAAUAGUCCUGUGAACUGGGCCGAUAUCACAAGAACUAGCGAUACUGCCAUCCAGAAGGAAGAGUAUUUUGGAAUUGGCGCACAGUGGACUCCAGACCCAGAUGCUUUAAGGGCUGAAUUCGAAGAAAUCACGCAGAACCCUGAGCACGUAGGAAUAUGGCCUAAUACCGACCAGGCUUCACUGUCACAACACGCAGUAGAAUACGCCGCAGACCUCUACACCAAUCACUUUACAUGCUAA